UCGACGACCUUUACCAAAUGUAUCGCCCUACACGUGCGAUACAGUGAGCCCCGCCCCUUCUUUUCCCAAGUCCUCGUGGCAGACAAGACAAGAUGGUAGCCCGGCUAAGAAAGUGUAGGAAGCUUAGAGGUCAUGUGAGCCACGGCCAUGGGCGAGUUGGUAAGCAUCGCAAGCAUCCUGGUGGUCGAGGAAAUGCUGGAGGACAGCAUCAUCACAGGAUCAACUUCGACAAAUUCCAUCCUGGCUACUUUGGUAAAGUUGGAAUGAGGCACUUUCAUUUGACCCGCAAUAAGUACCAUUGUCCAACUGUUAAUCUGGACAAGAUCUGGACGCUGGUAUCUGAUCAGACCCGGACACAAUACAAGGACAGGACGGACAAGGCUCCCAUCAUCGAUGUGAUCAGAGCGGGUUUCUACAAAGUCCUGGGCAAGGGCAACCUUCCCAAGCAGCCAGUCAUAGUUAAAGCAAAGUUCUUCAGCAGGAGAGCCGAGAGAAAGAUCAAAGAAGUGGGCGGAGCUUGUGUACUUGUGGCUUAGAAACUUGAAAUAAUUUUGUUGGCAUUUUCAUGUUUUUGAUGUGAGACAUAAUUGUUCAAUAAUCACGUGAUAAUGUUUUAUAAUGA